AUGGAUUUGUUGCAAAUGGAUAAGGGUUUGGAUUCGACGCAGCAAGUAGUUGAAGAAAUCAUGAGAAUUCACAGAUCUCUGCCACCGAGACCAGGAAUCGACGAGGUCGAAGCUGCGAGGUCUCUGAUACAGAACGUCGAGAAGGAAGACCAAGCUUGGUUAGAAGCCAUUGCUAACCAGAGGAAAAGCUCCGAGGUCCCCGGCGAGCUUUUCGCGGUGCUUCAGGAAAUGAAGAAAGGUCUUGUUCGGUUUCGCAGCAACGAACAGAAGAGAGAAGCUGCGAAACUUCUCGAUCUGGAAACUGCCCACACUCUGUUCGACGAAUUUAUUCAGAGAGCUUCCGAUUGCAUUGCUUCUCCCUCUAACGGCUCUGCUCCUUCUCCGUCUCCGGCAAUUCGCUCCGAUUCUCCGUCGAGCUUGUAUUUCUCCGAGAAGCCGCCUCUUCGCCCCAAGGAAAUGGUUUCACGAGACGAUAGCUUCGUCACGAAAGCUAAACCUUCUCUCUACAGCGACGGUUUCGCAGCUCCUCGUAAACCUCAGAUUCUCGAUUCAACACUUACCGCCGGAAAAUUCGCCAGCAAUGAUGGAGAGAAGCUGAGUUUGAUAAAGUUUGCGAGUUUGAUUGAGUCAUCAUUCAAGAAAGCUGCACAAGAGCUAAACUUACAGAACAAGCUCACUGAACAAGUCGAGUGGCUUCCAGAUUCUCUCGGCAAGUUAACGACUUUAACGUCUCUCGACUUAUCAGAGAACCACAUCGUCGUGUUGCCAAACACCAUAGGAGGACUAUCUUCCUUGACAAGGCUCGAUUUGCGUUCCAACAGAAUCAAUUUGCUCCCUGAGUCUAUCGGAGAGUUGUUGAGCUUAGUUAACCUCAAUCUUAGCGGCAACCAGUUAUCUUCUCUUCCCUCAUCGUUCAGCAGAUUGUUGCGGCUCGAGGAGCUUGAUUUGAGCUGCAACAACUUCCAGAUCCUCCCUGAGUCAAUCGGUUCUCUUGUGAAUCUAAAGAAGCUCGACGCUGAGACUAACGAGAUCGAAGAGAUACCGUACUCGAUCGGUGGUUGUGCUUCGCUUAGAGAGCUCCGAGCAGAUUACAACAAGCUCAAGGCUCUUCCUGAGGCUAUUGGGAAGAUCACUACGCUGGAGAUCUUGUCUGUGCGUUACAACAACAUCAGGCAGUUACCGACGACCAUGUCUGCUUUAGCUAAUUUGCAAGAGCUUGAUGUGAGUUUCAACGAGCUCGAGUCGGUGCCGGAGAGCUUGUGUUUUGCGACUUCGCUUGUGAAGCUGAACGUUGGGAACAACUUCGCUGACAUGGUGUCGCUGCCGAGAUCGAUAGGGAACCUUGAGAUGCUUGAAGAGCUUGAUAUAAGCAAUAACCAGAUCCGUGUUCUUCCUGACUCUUUUAAGAUGCUUACGAAGCUGCGUGUGCUUCGUGCUCAGGAGAAUCCGUUACAUGUUCCUCCUCGUGAUAUAGCUGAAAAGGGACCUCAGGCCGUUGUUCAGUACAUGAAUGAUCUUGUGGAGACGAGGAAUGCGAAAGCUGUAAUGGUGAAGCCGAAGAAGAGCUGGGUCCAGAUGUGCUUCUUCUCCAAGUCCAACAAGAGAAAACAGAGCAGCAUGGAGAUUGUUUAA